GUCAGCUGAUCUUCCUUCCUGGUCGCGUUCGCUUCCUAUUGACAAUCGGCAAAUAUACGUUCGAUCGCUUCGGUGUAUUGUCAAAAAUCGAAUGUCAAGUGAGCUGAAAGAAUCAGAGAAUGUCUGCGAAGCCGACGUGUUUGAUUGUGUUGAGCGCUUCUCCUCAAGGAGUGUCAGCAAAGUCUUUCCAGCAGUGCUUCAGUCUUUGCUCCUCUGUGUUUAACCUCCAGACAGCCACGCCGGCGGGGAAGCCAAUGGAUUUCGUUGGGGUGGAUGACAGCACGUCCAGAUGGGUGCAGGACUUCAACAUGAAACCAUACGCAACUCCCGCCAAACUUGAAUCCAUCGAUGGUGCUCGCUACCAGUCUCUGCUCAUCCCCGACUGUCCUGGAGCGCCCGGCGACCUGGCGCACAGCGGCUCGCUGCACCGUAUUCUGUCACACUUCAUCUCUCAGCAAAAGCCCGUGUGUGCAGUCGGACAAGGAGUGUCAGCGCUGUGUUGUGCCACGGAGGCAAACAGGUGGAUCUUCAACGGGUAUAGUUUGACUGGGCCGUCGGUGUUUGAACUGGUGCGCAGGACGGACUUUGCCAACCUGCCUCUUAUCGUGGAAGACUUUGUGAAGGACAGCGGCGGCUCGUACACAGCGAGCCAAGAGGACGCCGUGCACGUCGUCGCCGACAGACACCUGAUAACGGGACAGAACACACAGUCCACCUGGCUUGCGGUCAACAAUUUAAUUCUGCUCACUAGCGCCAAGUAAGCUUACCUGUGCCACAUUUUGAAUUUUCAUAACACUGUACAGUGGUACCUCGACCUAGGAGUUUAAUUUGUUCUUUGACCGAGCUGGUAACUCGUUUGCAUAUCAAACAAAUUGAAAUGUUGUUAAUCCAUUUUAGCCCCCCCAAAAUACCAACAUUACUAUUAUUUUUUUAACGAAACAUAACUGUAUUGUAUAAAAACAUGGAAUUACUGUACGUACUGCGGUAUUCAUGUGUUGAAUGUACCAUUGUGAGUGACAUCAGAGGCUGGAGUCAGAGUUUCCCUGCUGGUAUUCAUCUAAUUUUGUAUUUGUGCGUUUCAUCUGCUAAACAUGCUGCAUCACACGACUGAACUUCACAGUUGAUUUAUUUUCAGAAAUUACACAGUAACCACAGCAAGGUACCUUUCCUUUGCUACGAUCAGCAAUUAAAUUCCUUCGGCAGCUCA